AUGAAACACCAAAGAAUAGAUACCCUAAAACCUACAUAUCAUACUCCACAAAAAAGAACAAGGGAAUAUAGAACAACAGACCGGAAACCCUCUCCACCAAAACCAUAUAGACAACCUAGAGAAUACCAACCCUCUUAUGCACAAAUGGUUAAAAGUCACAAAUCCCCAGAAAGGCUAAUUAAAGAAAAUAAACACACACACAGAGAUAGACAGAGAAAAGAUUCAACUAUUGAAUACAAUAGGGGUACCCAAAUACCUAAGAAAUAUGUCCCAAGAAAUGAAUCCCCCACACACCUUUCAUCCAAUAGAUCUAACUAUCUGGAAAGACCAUCACGAGGAGAGGAUUUUCAAACAUCCUAUAUGAGGGACAGACACAAAGAGAACAUAUUCCCCCUGAAAUCCCCAGGAAAGAGACAAAGGAGUCCAGAAGAUGGGGGAAUAGAGGAGGAACUCACACAGAAAAGAAAGGAAAUACAGACAUUGACACUAACCAAGAAUGAUGGGAUAUUCAACCUGACACAUAGGACUUUAACACAACCCCAACAUUCACUGCUAGAAAAGGGACUUAAAUUUGCACCCUCAAAGG